AUGUGCAUAGGUCGAAACGACACGGCUACUUCUCCUGCAACCACCUUCGCUACUCCCGCCGCCAGCCCUUAUCGUCGCAGCAGGUCUGAACAUGGUCUUUCUGCUCUAGUGGGCUCUCCAUCAAGACAGACGCGGACCGCUCCCCAAGGGCAUCGGUCGAGACGGUCCCUCAGCCCUGAGCCUUCAGCUCUUGCUCCUCAGCUUGUCUUCGAGACUCCCUCAUCUGGCUCGCAUCGCUCUGUGCGUGAAGAGAUUCUUUCCACCACCGACGCUCCGUCUGUCUAUUACACUGCUAGUUGGGGCUCGCCGUACCAGCGUCCCACUCAGGAUCCCACCGUGCCCAGCGUCGAGAGCACUCCGGUCGCUUCGCAGAGACAGACCACAAGCGAGAGUCCCUCUCCAAGCAUAUCAUUCGGCCUCGAACAUCUCGUUCCAUCCAGAGUCGCUGUUCAAGGACGCGACUUUAGCCCUUCCUUUGGUCUCGACCAUUUGUUACCGUCCCGCAUACCUAUUCAGCAUCACAUAGCUAGCCCUGUCACGACAGAAAGAUUGGCCCUUCAGGAAGAUACUACACAAACAGUUGCGCAAAGGCCGUCUCGUCAUACUAUUACACGUCGCCUGACUGAGGAUUGGGUGCAUCAGUAUACGACUGGCAAGUGGCGCUCAGAAAGAGGAAACUGGUUGAGCGACGAUUCUGGUGGUAGUAACUCGGGUUCCGACGAAGAGGAGGAGUUCAAGACACCCAUACCUUUCACUUGGUUUUCUGGCCGACACCGUCGUAAGAACACUUCUGCAAGUCCUUUCUUUGAGAGACAGCAAAGACCAGUAUCCCACGAUUCUUUCAGAAGAGGUCACAAAUCUAGAGAGAGCAAUUUGACUCUGAAGCAGGAAGAUUUUUGGCAAUUUACUCGCCAGCUAGACGAACCUGAUAUGUCGCUGUUUACCUCUAAAUGGGCUUCGCCCUCAAAGGAGAAGCCUCUACCUCCGCCGCCUGUCCCAUCAGACGAUACUAAAUCUGUUGGACACAGCCCUCAGAAGAAUGGUCAAUUACCGCCAUUGCCUUCACCACCGAACUCAGACUCCCAACGCCCGACACCGCCACCGCGACCGAGGACCAAGUUGGCUUGGAGAGGAAAGGCUUGUUGGAUUGCUCUGCCAUCUAUGGCCCCCGAAGCCUGCGGAGGUAACAAGCCGCUAAGCCCAGCUCAAACACAAUCGCGAUUAAAACAAUUUGAAGAGGCCGGCUACAAUGUGGAUGGCUUCGAUCUACAACCAUGGGCAUAUCACGACUCGAUCGUAUCUCAGAGCAGCGGUCAAUACCCGGACGAUUCAGAUGACGUUAUAAAGCGCCAGCAAAAAGAUUACAAAGUCUUCGUACCCAACCCACAGACCUGGAAGUCAUAUGUUGACGAUCUGAUGGAGCAAAAACUGCGUGCAUUGGGUGUAAGUCUGGGUGACGAUCUUGCUCCUGCUCAACCUCCACCAAUGUCUCGUCAAUCUUCUGGUCAUUAUCAAUCUGUUUCGCCCAAUAUGAUGCACGCUACCAUGGCUGGAGGAUCUCAUCGUUCCACGCCUUCGCUAGCCCAUUUCCCCACCCCUGGGCACUCUUACUCAGCAUCUGUCGCUUCGCCUCUCUCCAUGCCUGGCGAUCCCAGAGGACACGCACAUAGACACUCUGUAUUCGGCAUGCCAGGAAUGCCAUUUGGAUUCCCCAAUCAGCAGAACCAACCCAAUGGCUUGCCUGCAUUCUCUCCUUCGACAAACUUCAACAUGAACGCACUUCCUAGAGGAGGGUCACCCGCGCUUGAGAGACUGAAGAGCGAAGGGCCCCCAGCAAAAUCUCCCAUCUCACCGUAUGGUAUGCCAUCUCCAUUUGCCCGAAGCCCGCAGCCACAGCCCGGCGACUGGCCUGGGCAGGCUCAUCUCAGGCAUCAAUCUGUAUACUCGAGCUUCUCACCUCAACCUCAAGCUCAGAGGAGCAUCACCCCAACUCUCACUCCUGGUGCCGCAAUGCGCCCAAUUCCAUCUUUGGCCGAAGUUCCUGAAGACGAAGAAGAGCCCAUGCAAGAUUACUUUGCGGGUGCCACACCACGACGCCAAACGCGCAAGGAAGUCGAGCUUGCCCAUCCCAGCCCGCGACACAAUCGGAACAUCAGCGAUGCUCUUGAAAGAGAGAUCCAGGGAUCCGACUACCAUCUGGAAAAAGCUUUCGAACGCCAGCUCCAAGACGACGAAGAUGAAGCGAAUAAUAGUUUUGUUAGCCAAAAUUCUAGUGGCAGUGCUUAUGUGCCUCCUGGCAAGCGAAAUGCUCUCGGUCCUGGAAUGAAUGGUUUCGCUGGCCGCAAAGAUUCACCCAGCUUUACCAAUGGCCAAAUCAAAUCCAAUGUUGGGAUGCCCGCAAACGGCAAUCUUGCAAACGCUGGUUUGGCCGGCGCUCUGCAGAACAAAGCUACCAACAAGGUCAAGGGGCAUGUGUCGAGGCUCAGUGUUGCAGCGCCCGAGUUCAAGUUCCAACCAGGCUCUUCGUUCCAGCCCACUUUGCCUAGCCUUCCAGGUCUAUCGAACUUUGGUCCUCCCAUCCAGAACCAUGCUGGAAACCAGUCUAAUGGGGAAAUGGAUGUUGCAGCCAACGCUUUCCAACCAUCAGCAUUCGGCAUCAUGCCAUCGUCUGACUUCAACUUCGCCUCGUCGUUCCCCUUCAACCCUGUCGUGCCUGCUCAACAUCCUGUUGUAUACCAUGCUCCCAUUCAGCCUGCUGCUCCAAGCAUCUUUGGCGAUGUAACCAUCCCGGAUGCGACACAGCCAGCAAGAAGAUCAAAGGCUGUGGUCAUUACCCAACCCAAAUCUUCACCUGUAAAGGAGGAGCCUGAGGCAGAAGAUGAGGAUGGCCGCGUGGCCCAGAGCGAAGAACGACAAAAAAGGGCCCGCGUUGCUCAGAAUGAUGGUGAUGAUGUGCCUCUCUUUGCAGAGCGCCCUUCAUCCUCUGCUCGAACAGUCGUUGAAGAGACAUCCGUUCCACAGAAGGAGACCGCUUUCGUCCCUCCCGAACCACCACAAACCAAUGGGGCUGGAAGCGCAACUUCUGUUGAGACUAUUGAGCCUGCAGUUACCCAGAAGCAUAAUGCUAAAACUUCUGCCAACAUUGCAUCAACGCAAGACUUCGAGACGUUGGCUAAACUUCCUACUGAACAGAACGAGCAAGGUCAUAAGAAAAAUUCGAGCUCUCUCUCUGCGCUUGCCAAACCUUUCGAGUUCAAGCCGCAAGGAUCGAUGUCAAGCAACCAACCACUCGAGUCUCUUCUCCGUAGUCCGGAUCCGAACAAGACGAAGCCUGACUUCAGCCCUUCGCGCGUCUUCUCGCGUACCUCAGAAAAGACACAAGCAUCUGUAGAAGAUCUUGAUUAUGCUCCUUCGCCAGAACCUCAAAAGCAUGCACCUUAUCCUACCGAUGAUAACGAAGAAGCUCGAUUCCCCGAGCCAACCUUUGACGAGAUUGAUGCUGUCAUGCAACAGCUCAACGAUGACGAUGAAUUCGACCAGAUCCAGCAGGAAUUUGCCUCCGAGGUUGCAAGCCCUGAUGCAAGUGUCAUCCAUCACAGCCCGAGACGUGAUGAUCGCGAUCGCUCAAUUUCUCCCCUCCCAGCGCUUUCGAGAGAGCAAGUUAAGAUUCGUCCUGCUCGUAUCAAUCGCCUCAACCGUGGUGAGGAUGUGCCCUUGAGCGAGUGGUCUGAUGACCUCUCUGUCGAUGAGGCAAGCAAGCUGCGCACACGUAGUAACUUCUUUGACGACAGAGUUGACCAGAUUGUCGGCGGCGUGAUUGACCAUCGUUUGGCGCCUCUUGAGAAGAGCCUGCAGAUGAUCCACCGCGCAGUAAGCACUAUCAUGACUCGCGAGUCACGACCAUCGACAAACCGUGCUCUCUCUGUAGAUGAAAGCGAUGCUGAUGACGAGGAUGAAACACUUGAUGACAGACAGAACUUCCGCUCACUGUCGCGUGCACAGGAAAGGAAGGCAAGCCAGAUCAAGGCUGCUGUGCUCGAAGCUUUGGCAUCUCAAAAGGCAAACGGCUCUCAUUUCUCAUAUGCAUCCGAGAUUCACAAUGCACUCAUGGAUAUGAACACCACCAUCGCUCGCAUCGCAUCGGCAAACCUCGACAUUGACGAUGUCAAGCAUGUUGUAGACGAGUCAUUGCAUCGUAUGGGCCAAAAUUUGAGUCCUACCGCACCCGCAGAAGAUCCAGAGGUCACUCAUAGGCACAGACGGGAGGUUUCUGAGCUUAACAAUAGACUGAACAAGACUUUGGCCGACGCACUCGAAGAAGCGAACCAACGUCGCACGAUUGAAGAGCGUGAGGCUGACACACGUCGCCUACUUCGCCUUGCUGAAGAGGAGCUCUCUCUUCUUCGCAAGACUGUGGGCGACAAGGAGCAGCGUAUUCAUUCACUGGAGAAUCAGCGUGAAGAACUCGAGAUCCGCGUCGAUGCUGCUGAAGUUAUUCAAGCGCGUGAUCGGAAGCAGCUGUCAGACCUCGAAGCGGAAAACUCUGCACUUGAGUCUACCCUCGAAGAAUACCGUCUCUCCAGCACCAAAUGGAGAAACGAGGUUGACGAUGUCGCUGGCGAAAAUGAAGGCCUCAAAGCAGGUGCCCUUGAUCUCAAGGCUCAGCUUGAGUUAUCUCGCGAUGCAAACGGAAUGGCUCAGCAGCAAGUUGAGAAUGCAGCCAUUGAGAACGCAGCUCUCAAGACCAGCAUUGCUGAGCUUUUGGUCCAGCUAGAUGAGUCUAACGCGAUCGGCAAACAAGCACGCCAGGCUGCUGACGACGCAGCAAUUGAGGCCACGGCCAUCAAGGCUAGUGCGGCAGAACUCAUGGUCCAGCUGGAAGAAUCUCAUGCCUCUAUGAAGCACGAAAAGCAGAUCGCUGAUGAUUAUGCACUGGAAAAUACCGCCCUAAAAGCCAGCGUGACCAGCUUAGUUGCCGAACUUGAGGAGGCUCGUUUGUCUACCAAGAAGUGGAAGCAAGAGGCCGAAGUCGCUGCCCGUGACAACAUGAAUCUCCAGGAUAACAUGUCUGACCUAAAGAACCAGAUUGCAGACGGCCUCAACAUCCGUGAGAACAUGCGUAGCAAGCUUGAUAAGAUCCACCACGGUAUGAUAUCAGCUGCUGAGCAAUUGGCCAACGAGAAGGCAAUCUGGCAGAACCGCAAUGAAGAGCUUCAAAAGAGAUAUGUUGUCCUGCAAGCACGUCUUGAAGGCGAAGUCAGCAUCAGACGCAGUAUGGAAGAAGAAGUGCAGAGCUUGCGCACUCAGCUGCAUGAGGCAGUCACCACCAAGAUUCAGCUCGAACAGAUGCAAAGAUCUACCACACUUCACGAGGAGACUUUGAGAACUCUCAGAGAGAAUCUCACUGCAGAGCAGACACUGAGCGCUCGCUUGCAGCGUGAUCUCCACGAAGCCAGAGAGUCUGGACGAGCCGAAGUCCAACGCACUCAGAUGAUUAUGCAGUCCAGUAUCGAGGCUGCUGAGAGUCAAGCCAACAUCAUCCGUGCCAGCUUGGAACACGAGAUCAUGCUCGCCAAGAAUGAGAUCGACAACAUCAAGAUGGUAUCGGAUGCUGCUCGGGAGAGACACGAGCGUUCGCUCGAGCAGGAGGCUGACCUCAGACGUGAUGCUCUUCGCAAGGUCAACGAGACCAGUAGUUCUGCCUUGAACGACUUGCGUGAGAAGCAUGCAGAAGAGAUUCGAUACCUCAAGUCGCAGUAUGAGAGAAGCGUCGCCAAUGCCUACGAGGACAAGCAGCGCUCAGCAGUACACUUCAAUGACCGUCUUGAGCUGUCAAACGAUCAAGUCCUACAUUUGCGCGACAAGGUUGCUCAUUUGGAGGAACGUUUGGUAGUGACUAAGUCUGCCGCGCAAGCGGCUGUUUCUGCUGCCCAGGCCGCAAAAUCUACUCCGGCAACCACUCCCAUGCCCACCUCCAUCUCGCGUGAGGAGCCUGGUAAGGUUUCCCCUCAAGCUCUCCGUGAGUCUAUAUUGGUCCUGCAAGAGCAGCUCCAAGAACGCGAGACUCGCAUCGAACGCCUGCAGAGCGAGCUUUCGAACGUGGACACCACGGCACCUUCCAAGCUCAAGGAGAAGGAGGUCGAAAUUUCCUGGUUGCGCGAACUCUUGUCUGUCCGUAACGAAGACCUCAACCAGUUGAUCGACACAUUGUCAAAGUCCGACUACGACAGAGAUGCAGUCCGCGACUUCGCCAUUCGCAUCCGCGCCAAUCUUCAAAUGGAGCAGCAAGAGAAAGAGCGACUCAUCAAUGCCGGCCCCUCUUUGACCGGUCAAGCAUUGGCCAACCUGACCAACUUUGCUUCUCCCAAAGCAGUGUCUUUGGCCGCAGCAUUCGGCAACUGGCGCAAGAGUAGAGAGACCUCGCGUCCUGCUUCUGCCCCCAAAGCUCCUGUAAGGGCUACCGCUAGAUCAUCUGCUGCUGCUGCUGCCCGUCUAGCCAAUGGUCGCACACAAACACCUUCGAAGCCAUCGCCUCUUCCCUCGCCUUCAAUCUUGUCUGGCCUCAUGACUCCUCCUGCCACAAGCCUUCGCCGCACACCGAGCCCUGCUGAAGGAUCAGAUGGAUCUCAACGUUCGGGCCUCAACUACUCUCGUGAUGCCCAGCAGACCAACGGAGAAACCAAGAUGAGCUACUUUGACACAAAGACUGAUGAGCAGGGUCAAGAAAGUCCCAUGGUGUUCAGACGCCAGAGUUAUGAUGAAGACGCCCAACUUGGUGACGUGGAUACUGGUAUCGGAGCACAUGAGGAGGAGGAAGAACAAGGCGCCACGGCUCCGGAAGAUGUUGCACAGGGUCCUCGCGAUCAAACACCCGAGGAACUAGUUGGCAGAAGUCUUGCUGAUGAGCUUGAGGCCAUGUAA